UGCCUGGGAAACUUGCAAAUAUAAAAUAACACUCCAUGCCAGUGGUGGUGUUGUGUGGUGAUUUUGUGCUCCUCCGUUUUUCGCUGAAUCUCGGCUAAAUGUCGGAGGAAAUACCAGGGCGAACACUGGGCCGGAGCACCUCUCAUGGACCCACAUUGUCGCGCACCGGCACGCAGGUGACAUUCGACAGUGUCGAGUAUGUGCCGACGCUCUACUCCUAUGAGAAGGGCCCCCCGCAUGUCGUGUCUGCUAAAUACGAGAGCUUGGACUACGACCUCCUGGAGAACGAGUUUCGCAUCCAGGAGGAGGAUCUGCGAGGCUAUCGAUACCUAAUCAUCAAGAAUCUGAUGAAAUGGUUGGCGUUUCUGCAAAUUGGGAUUUUCACGGCACUUGUCGGCGCGCUCGUCGAUUUGGCCAUCAGCAUGAUGAUAACGAAGAAGUAUGAGAUUCUUAUAAAACUGAUCAAGGAACAUGAGACGGAGCAGCAAUACUAUGUGAUGUUGAUGUGGAUGAUGCUGAAUGCACUGCCCUUCACCCUUGGCUGCGUUCUGGUGACGUAUAUUGAGCCAAUGGCAGCAGGAUCGGGCAUUCCCCUGGUUAAGUGCUACCUCAACGGCGUCUACAUCCCACGCAUCCUACGCCUCAAGACACUGGUUAUCAAGGCAGCUGGUCUAGCAUUCUCAAUCAUUGGCGGCGUGGCCAGCGGCAAGGAAGGGCCUAUGAUUCAUGUGGGCGCCUGUGUCGCGAACUUGGUCGGGGCUGGACAGGUGAGCAUUUGGGGCUGGAAAUGGGACAUGUACAAGUUCUUCCGCGAUGAUCAAGAGAAGCGCGAUCUUGUAUCGGCCGGUGCCGCGGCUGGCGUCUCAGCUGCAUUUGGCGCAUCGGUGGGCGGCGUGCUUUUCAGCUUGGAGGAAGGCGCAUCCUUCUGGAACCAGACACUUACAUGGCGCAUCUUUUUCACUUCGGUGGUGAGCAAGUUCUUCGUAAACUUCCUACUCUCGGCGCUGAAGGGCCAUCCCGGUGAGCUGGAGCACCCCAGUCUAAUCAACAUGGGAACCGUUGAUUUCACCUACACCAUAUACGAGGUGCCCAUCUUCGCAUUCAUGGGCUGCAUUGGGGGCGUUAUGGGAUGCAUGUGGAACCUGUUGAACAUCCGGUUGUCUCAACUGCGUAAACGAUUUAUAUACCAGAACUGGGCCCGCGUGCUUGAGGGCAUCGUUGUCGCUGCUCUCCACGGUGUCAUUGCUUUUGCAAUGACAUACUACGUUAACGAAUGCAACGAUAGGCCGUAUACCAAGGAUUACUCGCUAGAUGCUCUGUGUGGUAACCAGAAGGGAACCUCCAACGUGGUUGGGACUAUGUGGCUGGCCCCGCCGCAAAAGUCUGUCAAUGCUCUUGUGCAUGAUCCCGCAGGUACUUACAAGUAUCUCUCCCUGAUAUCAUUUGCAGUGGCUUACUACUUCCUUUCAUGCCUGACAUUCGGACUGUCUUCCUCCAACGGUAUUUUUGUACCAUCCCUGUUAACCGGCGCUGCGUGGGGAAGACUCCUCUCUGUAAUUGUGCGUGAGCUGUUACCCCCCGAAUGGAAGGGCUCUGUUGACAGCGGAAAGUAUGCGUUAAUUGGCGCGUGCGCCCAGCUGGGCGGCAUUGUCCGGAUGACCAUCAGCCUCACCGUCAUUAUGAUGGAAACCAGCGACAAUAUCUCAUUCAGCUUUCCCAUUAUCAUCACGCUCAUUUGCGCCAAGUGGAUCGGAGACUUUUUCUCCGAGGGCAUUUACAACAUCAACAUUCAAGUAAAGAAUAUCCCGUUCCUGCCGCCCGAGCCACCACCGCUAGCUCACAGCGUACUGGCGACCGGUAUUAUGAAUGCACCUCCAAUCUGCGUCAAAGGUAUCGAACGCAUAGGCUACUUGUGGUCCAUGCUCAACAAGACUACGCACAAUGGGUUUCCGAUCGUUGAGGAGGAGGGGAUGCGUAUUUUGCGCGACUAUCGGGAUGCUGGCGAUGCGCGCAAAGGACGCAUAAAGGGGUUGAUUCUGCGCUCGCAGAUCAUUUUCCUUCUCUAUUACAAGCUGUAUUACGAACACGAGGAUGAGUGGAUGUCAACCAUCACGAUGAAUUCCUUCCGUGACUAUUAUCUCAAUGAGAUAGCUAUGAAAGACUUGCAGGUCCUGCCCGAGGACAUGAGGUUCCACUUGGAUCUACGUCCAUUUAUGAACAACUCGCCGUACACCCUGCUCAAGAACACGUCGCUACCUCGCAUCUAUGUAUUGUUUCGAGCAUUGGGAUUGCGUCAUUUGCCAAUUGUUAACGAGUCCAACGAGGUAGUUGGCAUGAUUACGCGAAAGGAUCUAUCGAAAUUCAGGGUGAUCAACCGCAUGUGCCAGCUUCGGCAAAAUGAACUAGUACUGGUUGACUAAGCAUGAAACAAUCUCCUGAAAAAUUGUUUAGUUUAUAUUACAUCAGCAGUGAGACUGUAAUUAUACAGGUUUAUAUGAGGUUCAUCAAUUCGCGACAAGUUAAAAAAAAAAACAAGAUAAAAAUGUGGAUAUACAAACUACUCAGACAUUCAAAAAAACAGAUCAAUCCUUCAGGAUUUAUCCUACUUUGCUAUUUGCUUGAAAAAAAUUGUUGUGCUUUCUGGUUUAAGCAUACUACUUCUGAAAACUCUUUGAGGAUGAUCAACAGUUUAAGCUCACCAAAAUAUUUUGUAGUUAUUUACUUGAAAUUAAAUGUUAAUAAACUAUAACUAAAACUA